GACCGGCUCUUAUACCGUGCUGGAAGCCUGCUCAACCUCCGUUAAGCUCCUGCAGCUCUGUCACCUCCCCUUCUUUUCCAAUUAGCCCCGGUGACGGACGGAGGGAUGAGACCGAGGGAGCGAGGGGGGGUGAUGGGUUGGUUCCCGGGCAGACGGCUAUGUGCCUUAAACGCCUUUUCUUAGGCCCGACAAUAUGGUGUGUGCCACUAAACUCUCCUGAUGGAGUUUGAAGUAAUUAUCGGAUUACAGUGCUGUCGCUCCGAAGCUGGGAAUAUUUACUACUCUCCCGAGGACGACGGAGGUUUUUGUGCUCCAGCGCACGGUCCGCUCUUGGAGGGAGUUGACGCAGAAUGUUUUAAAAAAUCGCAGGGAUUGAAGCUGGAGCAAGUUGAGAAUUAGUGUUGUUGCGUCGCGCCGUGGGGAGAAUUACGCACAGCCGAGGCGCACAAGCGGGGAUGACAGCGGUGGCGUCAGAGCGGACAUAGUUAUUGAAUCAGAAAAGAUCUGGGGUUUGAGGUGCUACUACACGUCCAGGGCGAGCGUGCCGGUACCUGUACUGUUAUGUCUGUCUCCUCUCUGCCGGAAUGGAAGCAACUCCUGCUGGAGAAAAAGAGGCGCGAGGAGGAGGAGCGGGGCAGGAGAGAGAAGGAGGAGGAGGAGAAGCUGGCCAGCAUGCCCGCCUGGAAGCGAGGGAUCAUCCAGCGGCGGAAGGCGAAGCAGGAGACGCUGGGCGACAGGGAGAAAGAAAGAGACGCGUGUGUGCUGCAAGUGGAGGCCAGGUCGUCUGCAGACGCUCUGAGUGACACAGACAGCUCUGUUACCAUAAACCUGGGAAGUGAACUGUCACUGAGUCCGGAUCCUGCGCUGUGGCUCGAUGCGGACCUGAAAGCACUGAGUCAGGUGUCCCUGGAAACCAUCGUCCCACUCCACGAAAACCCCUUCAUCCGCACGCAGAGCGCGUGGAGGAGGAGCAAAGACGCAGACGCAGGGAGCGAGGCUGAGGGCAACGAGAGGGAGAAGGACAAGUCCAGCCCCAGGGGCCAAGAUGGGGAGUCAGGGAGAGGACGAGAGAUAGAGCUGAAAAUAGAGAGAUUCAGGGAUUUAAGUGAGGGGCGAGAAAUAGACAGAAGCAGGGACAGGAGUCAAGGAAGAGAAAGAGAAAGCAGCAGAGAGGGAUGGGAGAAAGAGAAAAGUCAGUGGAAGGAGAUGGUUAAAGAUGCCACAAGGGAGAGAGAAGUCCUGAAAGUAAGAAUAGAAGAGGAGGAAAAAGAAACGGAUCCCCCAUCUGGUUCGGCCCACGUGCCAUGUAUGCGGACCAUCCGAGCCGACAACAUCAUUAUCAUUGAGCAGGACAGGACGGGCGGCGACGAGAGGAGAGGGAGAUGGAGAGAAGCGGAAAGAGAGACGCCCGACGAGGACCCCCGGGAGAAGAGGGGCAUGAAAAUGGAUCUGAGGGAGAUCCUGGCUGGAGGCGGCAGCGUCACCGAGAUCCGGGCGUCGGAGGUUCUGAUCAUAAAGCCUCCUGUGAACCCGGAGGAGAAGAAUUCCGCCAGCAAAGGCAGGGAGAACGGAGAGGGCAGCGUAGACGUGCGGAGGGAGAGCACGAACAGGGACUUCAGGACAGACGUGUCCUGGCUGCGAGACAAGGAGAAGGAGAGGCCGUGGGGCCAGGCCACCGUCAUCAAAGAGGACAAAAAGGACAGUUUGGACGAUAACGUGUUUGUCGAGAGGGGGGGGAGGGUCAGUCAGCUGCUGAGUAAAUUCGGGGAGCACCCCAAGCCUCCAUCUCGAUCCAAAAGCUCUGACAACUUCCUCCGGCCUGGGAGGAGGAAAUACUCAGGCGACGAGGACGAGCAGCAGUCUGAGGAGAGGAAGGCAGACGGGAGGAGUCUGGGGUGGAAGGGCGUCCCCAAGCGCUCCUUCAGCUUCUCGGACCGAGCCCUGUCCGCCGAGGAGAAUGGCCUGGAUGAGGAGGGCUCCCACCAGAGGAGGACCCGCCAGAGAAUACAUUCAGACAAGGGGUCACAGGAGGAGACCCGGGAGGGGAUUAAACUGCUGUAUGCACAAGAUGCAGAUCGGUUGGGAAAGCACAGACCCGUGAGGGGGGAACCUGUGCAGAGGAGUGUCUCGGUCCAGCACAGGCAAGACAAGCGGGCUGCAGAGAAGCCCGGGGAUGCGGACGGGGACCAGGGGUUCACGGUGGCGUCGGUCAGAAACACGGAGGGAAUCUCGUUCGCCCGGAGGGUCCCGAUCAGACAGGAGGGGCGAGCGAAAAGCGAGAGAGAGCCGAGGAGGCCGACGGGCGAGAGGAGCUCGGGGAGGGAGCUGAGCAAAGACGCAGAACCGGGAGGGAAGGCGGAGGCGCAGCUUUGCAACAAGGGGCGCGAGGAGGGGGGGUUUGAGGAGGGGUCGUCAUCGCUGGACGCAGUCGGUGCCUGUCCGGCGGCAGACGCCUCCUACAAACACGAGUCCGCCUUCGCGGAGAGCUCCAGCCUGCUGUGCACAGUCACAGACAGGGCCAGAGAGUGGAGCGCCGCCGGCCCACAAGCGCCCUACUCCUCCGUCCUGUCCCAGCAAACGGAGGACCUCAUCAGUAAGAUCGAGAAAAUAGGAGAGACGACGGUUUACAGCAAUGAAAAGGGCGAGAGAGCGUACGAGGCCGCAGCGGAGGCCAGGCUGGAGGAGUACAGCUCCGCUGCUUCAGACGGCCUCAACCGGGAUGGACCCGCGAGGUCUCCAAGGAAGAUAACGCCCACAAGCCCCCUUGAGAUCCAGAUCCCCAGGACGGUGUUUUAUGUCGCAGAAGAAACGGUGGAGAGAAAAACGGCUGCGUGUCACAGCGUGGAGGGGCAGCGCUGGGAAGGGGGGAGAGGGGUCGAGAAGAGGGACAGCUGGAGGGUCGGGAAACCCCUGAGCCGCAUCGAGUCCCUGCGAGAGCAGAUCAGGCAGAGGGAGCUGGAGAGGCUGAGGCAACGACGCGGGGACGGGGGCGAGGCCGCGGAGCGCGGAGGGGACCCGUACGACGAGAGGGGGGCCGAGGGGGAGACGGGGCGGGAGGCUCACAGGAAGAGGCCGGGCGAAGCAGAGGCGGCGCGGGAGGACGCUGGCGCGGCUGCGUUUGACGUCACGCAGGAAGCCGGCGUGUCGAAAACCUGCCCUCAGCUUCCUGUUUCUGUGUCACAGUCGCGAGCCGUCGCGGGAGAGGAAGCGACGAGUCGGUGCGCGGCCGCAGCCCUCGACCUGAGCUCCGGCAGCUCCCAGGCAUCCCAGGAUGAAGACGAGCCGCUGCAGCAUGAGGAGCAGCUGAGGAGCCACAGGGAGGACGACAGAGCGGAGGAAGCGCCCACGGGGGAGGAGGCCGAGGAGUCGGCGGCACCCGCGAGUCCUGCGCGCUCCCCCCCCUCGUCGCCGCCUCACAACUCGCUCGCGGCCAUGAGCCGAAUCUACAAGCUGGAGAACGUGGGCUCCAGGUCCGCUUUGUGUCUGAGGGACAGGAAAGCGGACGCGCCGACGGUGCACCUCGCUAGAGUGAGGCCUUUGGCCUCGAACGCAGCGCAGGGAGACGGCGAGGCCCCGGCGGGGGAGGACCUGUGCGGCGUUCAGACGAUACAGCGGCAGAUCGAGCAGUUCCAGCUGAAGGAGCAGCAAAGCCCCCGGGGAGGGUCAAAGCCGCGGGGAAAGGACGGCGAGCAGGAAACCGCGGAGCCGGUGCCCAAGAUGUCUCCCCAGCGUGCGUGUUCUCCAACGCCCCACAACAAACAGACCAUCACCAUCACGGCGUCGUUCCUCAGAGGCCGCCCUCAGGACGGCUCCCUGAAACCCACCGACUGCGCCCCGACCCCCAGCUCCUCCCCGAGCUCCCCGUCCCCCGCUCCGUCCCCCAGCGCCUCCCCGUCCCCCACGCCGUCGCCCGUCCCCUUCUCCAUCAGGAGCGCCUCCGGGGGGCAGGUGAAGAGAGGCGCCACCAUAACCAUCACCCCACGGAAACCCGCCAGCGCCGGGCCCGCGGCGCCGUCCGUCACCGCCGGGCCCGUGCCGGCAAAGGCCCCGCCGCCGCAGACCCAGACGCCCCCCGUCAUGGCCGACGCCAGGAAGAGGUACCCCACGGUGGAGGAGAUCGAGGUGAUCGGUGGAUACCAGAACCUGGAGAAGUCCUGUUUGGUCAAGAACAGAGUGACCCCGAAGAAGGUGAACGUGUGCUUUGACGAUGAGCAGCUGGAGCAGGUGUGCGAGUACCCGUCGGAGACCUCCAUGCUGGGCUGCAGCCCGUACCCCCCGGACCCGGCGAGGGCAGAGCGGCCGCAGGGAGGCGACGCGCAGGAAGAGGAGGGCGAGGCGGAGGCCGAGGCCGCGGCCGUGAUGUCCAAGAGCAGCAGGAGCGCCGGGAUGUCAUCACGGGGUCUGAGAGUGAACCAUUCUUGCCCAAUAUAGAAGCCAGUCACCGUCGCCACAAUUGCCCAUGUGAUGAGCUCACCGACGUGUUUUUGAGCAAUACAGCAUUGUUUCCUUUGAAAUGUUAAGUCGAUUGUUGGAGCGAGAGUAAUUGUUUUGUCUCUUGUUACAAUUAGCAUCAGAACGAAUGAGUGUGAGAAGCGUAGCCUACAUUUAUGCAGUAUCAUGUAGUUUCCAGGGAAACUGUGGGACAUGUGAAUGUACAGGAAUGGUACUAAAGUAUUAGAAUACAUCCUCAGGUGCACACAACUUUGGGUGAAGGGUCACUUGUCUAUGCAAUGAAAUGAAAGUCAUGGUUUGAUUUUUUAGCUAAUAUACAUUUCUUCAUUCUAAAUAUGGUCUACUUUGAAGUCAGCACUGCUUCAGCACAGAGGAGUGAUGUUCAUGUCAUCUGAUUUCAUGUGCCUGCUGGAUUUGCUCAUACAGAUGAUAUGACCAUUAGUGAAUGUAGAUUACAUAAAUAUAUAUUUUUUUCAUUGGUUGUUGUGUUGAAUAUUGCAGAAAUGGAGUUUUGGUGCAAUGUGAUGUGCACUCUUGUGUUUACGUGGGGUUUAAUUCAGCCUUACUGUUCAACCAACCUGAAAAAUCAGAUAAAGUCUUUUACAGCUUCCACUCAGUGUGUGUGAGUGGAAGUGCUGAAGACGAAGAAGAGUGUAAACAUGUCAAAUAUCGGCAUAACUUCAACAUAUUACAGCUGCUAUUUGACCUUUGGCUGUAUUGUGCUUAUAUUAUGUUUGUUUGUAAAUUAAUAUUUUAAAUCGGUAAAAGAAGACGGGCAUGAUGUAAAUUUAGAAAUUAUUUUUUAUCUAUGACAGAUGAAGAAGCUGGCUUCAAGAGAAAAAAAUAAUAAACAGUCAUGAAAGGUG